AACUUCCAUAGGCUUGAAGAAGUCACUAGGGUAAAAAUCAUCUUCAAAGCUCUCUUCCCUCUUUCUUCAUAGGUGUCCCACUUGUUCUUACGGACCCAUCUUCAUUAUCAGUUCAAUUAUAUCAUGGUUGGAACUUCCAUCAACUCUCAUAAACUACCCUUUAAUAAGUCCACCAACAUCAAAUUCCUCUCUAGCUACGGUGGCAAGAUUCUUCCCCGUCAUCCUGACGGCAAACUCCGUUAUUAUGGCGGCGAUACCCGUGUCCUUUCCGUUCAUCGUUCCAUUUCUUUUGCUGAGCUGAUGGUGAAGCUAAGGGAGAUGUGUGGAGCAAUGAGUAGUUUAAGGUGUCAAUUGCCAACAGAAGAUUUGGAUGCACUUGUGUCAAUCACCUCUGAUGAAGAUCUCGUCAAUCUCAUUGAAGAAUAUGAUCGUGCUGCGACUGCAUCACCAUCGUCCUUCCUCAAGAUCAGAGCUUUUCUUUCACCACCCAAAUCCACAAAAAAAGUUGUCUCUUCUCCUUCUUCCACUGCUUCUUCAUCAUCUACAACCACCAACACUACUUCUAGUAAUUGUGAUGCCAGCUCGCCUAAGUCAUUUUGUACCACAGCUGCAGCUAGUCCUCCAACUACAGUAACUUCAUCAAGGUAUCGUGGUCAAGUUAAUUAUAAUGAGAUUUGUGUCCGUCAGACGAUGGCAAAGCCGCAGAUGGUUGUUCCUCUCUGUUAUCAGAAAGCUGCAGGAAAGCUCCCUCAGUAUGCCUACCAUGGUCGUGGGAAUACUAGUAGCCAUAUUUAUCUGAUCCACCAUGGCAACCAUUGGCAAUAAUAGCAGCUAUUCUGUUCAAAAGGAGGACAAAAUGAACUUGGAAUAUAUAUACCUAAAAUUGGUAUUACCUAAUGAAAGAAAAAACUCCAACAAGCAAAAAAGAAACUAGGCGAGGAUAUAUAUAUAUAGAUUUAUGUAUUGUACGAACUAAGAAGGGCGUGUAAAUCAUUAAUAGGAUUGGUGUAUUUUCAUUGUCAAUCCGUCCUUGGCUUAUUAAUCAAAAUAAGUUUCCAACCGGAUGGAAAUGUGUCCAAUUUCGUCUAAUUCUGAUGGUGAGUUCUUUAGUUGGUCCUAGAUCUCCUUUGAUUUAGAAAUGGAGGACGGUCUGGAGUCUGGACACUCUAUAUCACCUGUUCGUGUUAUGCGUGCCAUCGUUAAAACACUUCAUCUUCUCGGAAUUUGCCAUCGCAUAAGCCUACGAUCUAUUCAUCGUGUCUAAUUAUCUCUACUGCCACGCUGAUCAUUAUACUUCCUCUUCUGACACCUGCUAAUUAAAACUAUUUUGAUAAGUUAUA